AUGCAAGCCUUGCAGCAAAGUGCAUUUCCUGUACGACAAUUCUAUACAUCGUUGUCUGACAGUGAUUCUGGAACAGGAAAUUCGAAUGCGAGCCAAAUUGCAUGGAAUAUACAUUUGCGACAAGUAGCAUUGAAUUUGAUGACAUUGCAAAGGCUGCAAGCUGCAAGUAAUGCAGAACGGAUUAUUCCUGAAAAGCAAUCAUAUCCAAUACAUAUAGCUUCUGCUGCGACUCAGCAUAUGCUGGAGCAACAUAAUCAAUGUUCGAAAAUAUCCGGUUCCGAGAAGCAAUUCGAAUGUAAGCAAUGUGGUAAAACAUUCAAACGUUCCUCAACUUUAAGUACUCAUUUACUUAUUCAUAGUGAUACAAGGCCAUAUCCAUGUGAUUAUUGUGGUAAACGUUUUCAUCAAAAGUCGGAUAUGAAGAAACACACAUAUAUUCAUACUGGUGAAAAACCUCACAAAUGUAUGGUAUGCGGUAAGGCAUUCUCGCAAUCGUCUAAUCUAAUCACGCAUUCACGUAAGCAUACUGGCUAUAAACCGUUUUCUUGUGAUAUUUGUGGUAGGACAUUUCAACGAAAGGUUGAUCGUCGUCGACAUCGUGAAAGUCAUCAUUCUAACGAUGUUUGCAUCUAUCGACCAUUACGAAAUAGUGCCGCUCCAAAUAAUUAUGCAAAUUCGAUAAGCCGAUCAUCGGUCGUGAACUUGGAUCAUCUUGAAGUGUCAAAUAAUGCAGUUUUAAAUCCGAAACCGAUGUCUUUUCAUUUGUCAAAACCUGAUGAGGCAUUAAAUCUUAGCUCAAGAUAG